GGUCAUCAUUCAUCACAUAUUCUCUUCCUCUUCUCUAUGAAUCAAUUAUUCAAACCAUUGGCUUACCACUCUCUUGUUCCUGUGCCGUUGCGUUCACGGUCACUGCACAUCAGUCGGACCCUGGCAGGGGUCACAGUUGCCACGUACCCAGAACCAGGUUUGACUGCGGGGCUGUCUGUUAUCGUUGGUGGAGGCCCAAGAUACGAGACUGAGGGUACUGCCGGAGCGGCUCAUUUUCUGAAGAACUAUACAUUCAUGAACAAUCAGAAAAGAAAAGCUUUGCGAAUAGUCCGAGAGGCAGAACUGACUAGCGCUAUUUUAUCUCGAACACUUACUCACGAGUAUUUGUCUGCUCAGGUCCAAUUUCUCAAAGGCGAUGAAGAUUACUUUUCCGAAAUACUUUCCGAUGUCAUAUGUAGGCAAACAUAUGAGCCUCACGAGUUUCCGCAAGUCCAUGAGAGAACAAAGUGGCAGACUCAAGAUGCUAAGCGGCACAUCAACGUCGAAGGAUUAGAAAAGGCACAUCAGCUUGCUUUCCGGAAUGGUCUUGGAAAUCCGUUGUUUUCCUCUCAUCAAGACCUAGUAGAUCACGUCAAGGUGCGCAUGUUUGCAAAGACUAUUUUCACAAGUUCAAAUAUUGUGGUGGUGGGCAGAGGAGUAGAUCACAAAGCGCUGUUAGGAUAUGUCCACCUCUACUUCGACUUGAAUGACCCAGAGCAAAUCAAGCAUCCUUCCACUUAUUAUGGAGGUGAUGUACGUACCAUGAACACCAAUCAAAAUGCCCACUGCACCAUGGCUUUUCGGGGUUUUUCGAGUGGCUCAAGUGCGUACUAUGCAUCCAAAGUACUGCAGGAGGUUCUAGGAGGGGGGAAUCAUCUGAAGUGGACAACUGAGCAAUGCAAGCUUGCUGCUGUAAAGUCUCAAAUUUCGAAUGAGAGCGAAAUUACCUCAUUCAGUAUUGGUUACUCUGACAUUGGCUUAUUCGGGUUACAGCUCAAUACCCCCAACCAUGACAUGGGUAAAGCUGUAAAAUUGACUAUGGAUGCCUUGGCUACACUCAAAACCCACAUCACUGAUGAUGAGAUGCAAAGAGCAAAAAACAUUGCAAAGAUGAAUUUCAUGAACAUUGCACAGAGUCGACUGGACUCAAUGGAUUUUGUUGGGUUUAGUAUACUGAAUGGGAACACCGGUAACUUUGAAGAUAUUUUGGGUUCUAUCGACAACGUUCAAAAGCAAGACCUGCACAAGGUGGCAUCUGACAUUCUUUCUAGCAAACCAACUUCAGUCACAAUUGGAAAUCUGCACUCCAUCCCGUACUUGGACCAAUAUUUUGGUGGCAAUACUACUUAGAUGCACGUCUUCGAUGCAAUAUCUCAGUAACGAAAGAAAAAUACAAUUGAAGCUG